CUACGUCUGGUUGGUAGGAGGGAGAAAAAAUUAGCCCUUGAAGUUGGCCCAGCAGAAAUCGAGUGGCUCUGGGAAGCAGAAGAUCUGGGUUCCGGUCCUGCCUCUACGAGGAGGGGUAGGCUUGCAGCUGUGGCCACCAGAGGGGAAGACCAGAGGCCCAGUAAGAAUCGUGAAAAACAGCUGGCCGACGCGGCGACCAAGGAGACCCCUUCCCGUCUCGCCAUGGAGGCGGAGCCCACGGAGACGACGCCCCGGCCGUCGCCGCCCCCCGCCCCCGCCGGCUACGCCCGGGCCGGCCGCCGCUUCAAGUGCCUCUCGUGCUCCAAGACCUUCCCCAACGCCCCCCGGGCCGCCCGCCACGCGGCCACCCACGGCGCCGGGCAGGGCGGGGAGCCCGGGCCCGCCGAGGAGGAGGGGGCGGGCCCGGCGGCCCCGAAGCCGCGCCCCUUCCCCUGCCCGCUGUGCCCCAAAGCCUACAAGACGGCCCCCGAGCUGCGCAGCCACGGGCGGAGCCACACGGGCGAGAAGCCCUUCCCCUGCCCCGAGUGCGGGCGGCGGUUCAUGCAGCCGGUCUGCCUGCGCGUACACCUGGCCUCCCACACGGGCGAGCUGCCCUUCCGCUGCCCGCACUGCCCCAAAGGCUACGGGACCCUGUCCAAGCUGAAGAUCCACCAGCGCUGCCACACGGGCGAGCGCCCCUACGCCUGCUCCGACUGCGGCAAGAGCUUCGCCGACCCGUCCGUCUUCCGCAAGCACCAGCGCACCCACGCCGGGCUGCGGCCCUACGGCUGCCAGCGCUGCGGCAAGGCCUACGCCGAGCUCAAGGACCUGCGCAACCACGAGAGAUCCCACACCGGGGAGCGCCCCUUCCUCUGCUCCGACUGCGGCAAGAGCUUCUCGCGCUCGUCGUCGCUGACCUGCCAUCAGCGCAUCCACGCGGCCCAGAAGCCCUACCGCUGCCCGGCCUGCGGCAAGGGCUUCACCCAGCUCAGCUCCUACCAGAGCCACGAGCGCACCCACUCCGGGGAGAAGCCCUUCCUCUGCCCGCGCUGCGGACGGAUGUUCUCGGACCCGUCCAGCUUCCGGCGCCACCAGCGGGCCCACGAGGGGGUCAAGCCCUACCGCUGCGAUAAGUGCGGCAAGGACUUCCGCCAGCCGGCCGACCUGGCCAUGCACCGGCGCGUCCACACCGGCGACCGGCCCUUCAAGUGCCUCCAGUGCGAGAAGACCUUCGUGGCCUCGUGGGACCUGAAGCGCCACGGCCUGGUGCACUCGGGCCAGCGGCCCUUCCGCUGCGAGGAGUGCGGCCGGGCCUUCGCCGAGCGGGCCAGCCUCACCAAGCACGGCCGCGUCCACUCCGGCGAGCGGCCCUUCCACUGCGGGGCCUGCGGAAAGUCCUUCGUCGUGUCCUCCAGCCUGCGCAAGCACGAGAGGACGCACCGCGGGGAGGCGGGCGCCGGGCGGGGCCGCGGGGACGACCCCCCGCCCGAGGAGGCGGGGGCCGGGAGCGGGGUGGUGGCCACGCAGUGGCAGGUGGUGGGCAUAACCCUGGAGCAGGUGGGCGCCCGGGGCGCGGCCGAAGGGGCCGACGGGGCCGACUGGGGCGGGGGCCGGGAGGGGGCCGGGGCCCGGCCCGGGGACGCCGGGGCGGGGCCCGCGGAGCCGCAGCUGGGCGCGGGGCCCCCGCCGGGGCCCGAGGCGCCGGCGAAGCCCCCCGGCACCUGCCGGGAGUGCGGGCAGGCCUUCCCCACGGCGGCGGCCCUGCGGCGGCACGAGCGCUCCCACCCGGCCCUGCGCCCCUUCCCCUGCCCGCAGUGCGGCAAGGCCUUCUCCGACCGCGCCGGCCUGCGCAAGCACGGCCGCACCCACAGCUCGGUGCGGCCCCACGGCUGCCCGCGCUGCCCCAAGGCCUUCCUCAACGCCAGCGACCUGCGCAAGCACCAGAGGACGCACCCCCCGCCCCCGCCGACCCCCCUCGAGCCCCUGGCCGCCUUGUUGGGGCUGCCCGGGGAGGGGGCGGUGUGAGAGCGGGCGGGCCGCGCCCCCGGCCCGGACUCUCUCCCCAGACCCCGGUUGGAGACCUCCACCCGGAACCGGGGACGGAGGCUCCGACCGGCGGGGCGGGAGGGAAAGAGGGAGGGGGCUUCGGGGAGGGGCCGGGGCGGACGGCUGUACGGAGCAUGCGUCACACAGACACUCAGUCAAUAAAAGCUUUUCUCCCA